CUCGAAGUCUGGACUAAACCGUUGGUGUCUGUUAUCCCGAGAACAUCAAAACAAGCAACGAUGGCGAACUUGUGUGCUUUUAUAUCGCUGGCUGCAUUUCUGGCUGUCGGAAUACCAUCGCUCGUGAUGGGCCAGGUAGUCUUACCCGGUGAAUGCCCAAAAUACCCGACACAGGCUCGCUUUAAUCCAGCUCAGUUCAUCAUUUCGCGGUGGUACGAGAUCAGCCGGUAUCCAUCGGCCUUUGAAGACGACACCAGGUGUUCUGUGGUUGACAUAAAGCCCUCGAAACAAGGUGCCCUCAAGAUGACUUUCAAAGGAAUCAGCACUACGGAUGGUGGCGCUACAGCGGCCGCGGGCAAUGCUUACUUCGACUACGGUGAAUUGAGCAAAUUCCUCGUUCAGAUGCCCGUCAUUAGCUGGAAUACAACUGUGGACAUUCGUUUCUGGAUUAUUGCCACUGAUUACACGAACUACGCGGUGGCCUGGAGUUGCGAUCCUCUUUGCACCGGAUUCCGACGAGAACAACUUUGGGUUUUGGGCAAGCAAACGACAUUGCCAGCAGCGGUUUGGGACACACUCAACACGCAGUUCUUCGCCAAAGGACCUUUCAAAGCGAGCAAUCUGGUUCCGGUCGAUCAGAAAGACUGCCCACCCAUUUUGUAGAGACUCAACAGGAAAAAAGGAGUGCAAAAAAUCUUUCUGUUUAGACGUCGGGAUUAACGAGGUGUUAAUGGAAAAAUUCGCUUAUCGGAAAUCACAGAUCGUAAUCGUCCUUUCUUCAUGACUUUUCACAAUUAUUGUUUCGUUACUUUCGGAUGAGUGGGAUCUGGAUGGUAGCUUGGGUGGGCAGGUACGGUACAUGCAAUAUAAAUAGCUAAAAAAAAAAGUCUUCCUGUUUGUAGAAUGAUACGUAUACGAUCAAGACAAAUACAAUAUACAGUUGAUAAUGGC